GCCCCGUGCCCGCUCCGCCCAUCCGCGGCGGGUCGGACGUCCGGAGCCCACGGGUCCCCGGCCGAGGUGAGCGGGGCCGCCAAUGCAGGAGACCGAAAGCCACGGCAUCCCGGGAAGUCCCUCCAGGCCGCGAACCUUCUGCGGGAGGUUGGAGGAGACGUCCCCCGCCCCGUGGCCGGGAGAGCAGCGGGUAGCAGUGGCCAUCAUGCACAGUGGUAUCGCGUCCGCCGCGCGCGCCCCGCGCCGCCUCUGAGUCUGGGAGUUCCAGCCCAGGGCCCGAGAGCCUGCCCGCCCCCGCGGCCACACCAUGAGCCACGGGCCGAGCCCCCGGCUGGCCGAGUCCCCGCAGCUGUCCAAAGGCAGCCUCCUGACCAUCUUGGGCAGCCCGUCGCCCGAGCGCAUGGGGCCGGCCGACUCGCUGCCGCCCACGCCGCCGAGCGGCACGCCCUCGCCCGGGCCGCCUCCGGCUCUGCCGCUGCCGCCGGCGCCCGCGCUGCUGGCCGACGGGGACUGGGAGAGCCGUGAGGAGCUGCGGCUGCGGGAGUUGGAGGAGGCGCGCGCGCGGGCGGCGCAGAUGGAGAAGACCAUGCGCUGGUGGUCGGACUGCACGGCCAACUGGCGCGAGAAGUGGAGCAAGGUGCGCGCCGAGCGCAACCGCGCGCGCGAGGAGGUGCGCCAGCUGCGCCAGCGUCUCGACGCGCUCACCAAGGAGCUGGCGGGCGCGCGGCGCGAGCGCCAGGAGGCGCAGGGCGAGUGCGAGGCGCGGGGCCGCGAGCUGGCGCGGCUGCGGGGCGCCCGGGGGGUCAUGGACAGGACGCCUGACGGUCCCGAGACAGAGCCAGAGAGGGAGCAGGAGCCAGUGCGCGACGUCGGGUCGGAGAGACCCCAGGGCAGCCAGGAGCUGGAGCUGGUGGAGGGCCUGCUGAGGAGCAGACCAGAGGAGCCCGAGGGCUGCUGGGAGACACGCAGCAUAGGGGCGGGGGCCUCACGGGGCAGCUCGGGCCGCCAGGAGCGUAGCCGACUGCCCUGGGAGGACACCGCCACCAUCGAGGAGGACGCCUCCAAGUUGACUGCCCUGCGGCUACGGCUGGAUGAGUCCCAGAAGGUGCUGCUCAAGGAGCGAGAGGAUAAAAUGGCACUGAGCAGGAACAUUGAGAAGCUGGAGGGGGAGCUCAGCCAGUGGAAGAUCAAGUAUGAGGAGCUGAGCAAGACCAAGCAGGAGAUGCUCAAGCAACUCAGCAUCCUGAAGGAGGCCCACCAGGACGAGCUGGGCCGCAUGUCCGAAGACCUGGAGGACGAGCUGGGUGCACGCUCCAGCAUGGACAGGAAGAUGGCGGAGCUGAGGGGCGAGAUGGAGCGGCUGCAGGCGGAGAACGCAGCCGAGUGGGGUCGCCGUGAGCGGCUGGAGACAGAGAAGCUGGGCCUAGAGCGUGAGAACAAGAAGCUGCGGGCACAGGUCGGGGACCUGGAGGAGGCGCUGGCCCGGCGGCGGCGGCAGACAGCCAGCGCGCUGGACUGCGACCUGCGGGCCAGCCAGGCCUCGCUCUUCGAGAAGAACAAGGAGCUGGCAGACCUGAAGCAUGUGCACAGCAAGCUGAAGAAGCAAUUCCAGGAGAAGGUGGCGGAGCUGGCACACGCCAACCGGCGGGUGGAACAGCACGAGGCAGAGGUGAAGAAGCUGCGGCUGCGGGUGGAGGAGCUCAAGAAGGAGCUGGCCCAGGCUGAGGACGAGUUGGACGAGGCCCACAACCAGGCACGUAAGCUGCAGCGGUCACUGGACGAGCAGACGGAGCAAAGCGAGAACCUGCAAGUGCAGCUGGAGCACGUGCAGUCCAGGCUCCGAAGGCAGCAGCAGAACGCCCCCCUCUUUGGAAAGAUCCGCAGUGCUCGCUUUGGCGCCGAGGAGGCGGGGGACGGAGCCAGCGACCUGGACGAGGAUGAGGACCUGCAGAUCCAGGUGGCCUAGAGUUCCCAGGGCUGGGCAGGACUGGCCAGCAGCCCGGGCCCCCGGGUGCCCAGGCUGACCAGCCACUUGAACUGAUGCAGCUACCUGUGCUCCCUCUGGGAGCAGACCACGGUCCCUGCCACAGAUGACUUCCUUCUCUCCCACAGUGGGCAUCGGUGGUCCCACCUUACCUACACUCCGUGAAAGGGAAGCCAUGGCCUAUGUUUUUUAUAUAUAUAUAUUAUAUAUAUAUAUAUGCCUGGGAUCCUUGGGGUUGGGCUGGGGCUGGGGCUGUUCUUAGUACAAUGUGAUAAACCCAGUCUUUUGUAAUAAAUGGAGUUCAGGUUCUCGGGCUGGAGUCCUGAGAGUGUGGCAGUUGUGGGCACGCAGGGUGGGGGACAGACAGGAUCAGCCUACCCCUGGCACUGAACCUGAGCUCAGGAAUAUUGAUAUUAAGUCACUUGA